AAUUUCCUCCAAUCUCUCCAACGCUGUUUUUAAACACAGCUUCACCUUCAUUCGCUCUUUAUUCCGUCACUGCUAUCGCAGGUUUCGCGCACUGAGCAUCACCAUCUGCCUGGAGAUGCCGAUGGGGGGUUACCUGACAGUCAUUACAAUUUAAUUCUUCGUCUGUCCAUGAAACAAAAGCAGCUUUUACAAAUCUGUCUGGCCACCUCUUCUUCGUCCACACUCUUUAAUUACAGACGCCUCAACAACAUAGUCACUGCUCUAUAUUCUACGAGAACGUCAUAUUCCGGGAGUCACCAGAGGCACCGCCGUGCCCCGAGUGCCCCGUCCCCUCUCUCUUUAUACUAUCGCCCCUAUCCAGGGCAACGUCGACGUUUCACAGGCGAGCGCUCUAAUUGCCGCUCUUUCGAAAACCUCUCCAAGCCAUCAUCAGCUCGGACAGACAUGGGCUUGGAACGCCGUAUGUCGCGUGCCUCACCCACUACGGCCGCAUCGCUUAAUGCGGUGUUGAAUGCCUCAAGCACCGACUUUAGGUCAGAAGCCGUAGCUUCUGGUUCUGGUUCUGUUUCUACCCCUAUAUCUUCGUCGCAGGUCAGCGAAGAAGGAUGGGCCGCAGAGGACUCGAAUACCCUAGACGCGAAGACGUCAAUGCCUCCGCCACAGCCGCCAGCUAAAACUGAGACAUCCGAGACACGCUCGACUCGCUCAACUCGCUCUACAUCGUCUGCCUCUCGAAAUGCGAACCGACUUUCCUUGACACUGCCCAUUGCGCCACCCAAUAGUUUUUCUUCGAGACCUACCCCGACAUCGUCAAUGCCUCCCACUCCCGUUGAUACUCUAACUUUGAAUUCUCCCGUUGAUUCGGAAGAUUUUAUCGUUGCUAUCGCAGCACAAGAACGCCGCGUUUUGGAGCUGCGAGAAGAACUUGCGCGAGCCGAGGCGGGUCUUAAAAAGCUCCAGAGACAGUGGACAAUAUCUGAAGCUUGCAAAAAACGACCGCCAAACACAACUGCUGAACCCCGCCGAGCUCUGGCGCCCGCUGCGAGCUUGCGGGACGGCCCAGCAGAAAGUCCGGCAUCAAAGCGCCAUAGUGAGCUUGAGAGAAGAAAAGCUAUUCUUCUUGCCCAGAGUCAAGGCGCAUCUCGACAACCUAGGAGGACAGUGAUUCGCGGGGGUCACACGCGGACAUUAUCUUUGCUCUCACCUACUAAAUCUGUGAGUGGCAUGUCAAUGCAUGAGGGCCAAAAUGGUGAGCAGUCACCAGAGUCAUUCAUAAUUCCAUCGCCCACUCCACCUAUUCGCCAGGUGAACAAACGCGCCACAUGGGCACCGCCUAGGAGCACUCAACAGCCUACUGGUGUCAAGCAACUUGCCAAUGACUUCAAACAAGGUCUGUGGACAUUUGUCGAAGAUUUGAGACAAGCAGCUGUUGGUGAUGAGGCCAUAUCGGGAACAACGAAUAGGACAACUGGGAUGGGUUCAAGGUCCGAAAACACCGAUAGUAACCAAGACACGAUACGUGCAUCCACGUCGACCCGUGGCCGCAUCCCAUUCUCUACUGAGCUGGAAUCCCCAUCUGAUAGCCCAGAUACCUCAUCCGCGAGUAGUUCUAGCGAUCGCUUUCAGCACAGACGAACAGCGUCAAAGCCUGAACCACGAACAAGGAAACACUAUUCUUGGACGCCGUUGACCUUCGACAGCUUCGAUGAUGAUGACUGGGCAAACUGGGAUUCACCCAAUGUCAAGACAUCACGAUGGAGUGGAAGCACUGUAAAUGGUGAUAUUGCCUCAGCUAUUCCCGAAGGGGCCAGUGAAGCUGAAGCCGUACUACAACGCAAAUCUUCGAAUGAAGAAAGUCAGAUCUCGCCUCCAAGGACUCCCAGCAAGCUUGAAGAGCUUCCUCAAGCCAUCUUAAACAGCCUAACGCCUAGCAACAUCAGAAACACAACUUCAAAUCUGAUCAGGGAGUGGGAGAAGAGCUUGACGCCGUCGCCCCGAUCAUCUACGUAUGGAGCAGAUUUGCAGGACUUUAACACAAGCACCCAGUAGGCAUCAGCCGCAACAGCAUCAUUGAAAGUUGCUGGUAAGAAUUGGGAGGCGGUAGCUGAGUUCAAAUUCAUCGCGCAUUAGCAGGUUUUGAGGGAAAGCUAGGGUUCGAGCUGAUGGGGACAUCCGAGUUGAAUUUUUUGAAUCAGCUUUGUUCAUGAUUGGAAUAUAACCGUCAUGUCAAACGAAAAGCUCUCUGGAGAGCAGUAUACUGUUUUUGGUAAACAGAGUAUGUUACUAGGGUUUAAUAUUUGUACGAUUCAUGAUACUAAUGAUAGACGAUAAUGUAACGACGAAGUACGAUCGUUGUGCGUUGUCAGCUAUAAACAUUAUAAUCACAUUUCCCCCUCCACGUUGUUCACUGUGAAUGCCUCGAACGAAAAUAAGGAGACGACAAUAAACAGAGGGAAGCCUUUAUUACGACCUGAAAUAUCGCAAUUACUCUCGCCUGCUGAGCAAUUGGACUGAUCAGUUUAGUCAAUAAAGAAUACAAAGCUGUCGCCCAACCACGUACUGUUAUCGAGCAGGUCGGAUCAAUGGGAUGUUGAGACGAGGAAGACCUAAGGAC